CCGCCGGGCUCGGGCCGGCUUCUCUUCCCGGCGCUCCCCGCUCUCCCAGCCCGCUGCAGUUUAGUUGUUCUCUUGUGUUUUUUCUUUCUCUUUUUUUUUCUUUCUUUUUUUUUUUUUCUCCUCCAACUGGGAAUGCUCAAACUGGACUGAUGGACAUUUCCGAGCUGUGCAUCUCCGACCCGCUCGGCUACCACAACCAGCUGCUCGGCAGAAUGGCCACAGAGGAGCGGCACCUCUCCUCCAGCUGUGGGUCCUUCAUCAAGACCGAGCCCUCCAGCCCGUCUUCUGGCAUCGACGCCAUCAGCCACCACAGCCCAAGCGGCUCCUCCGAUGCUAGCGGUGGCUAUGGCAUCGCCAUGGGUGGCCACCCCAAUGGCCUAGACUCACCCCCCAUGUUCAAUGGCACGGGGAUUGGUGGUGGGUCCUGCCGUAAGCGUUACGACGACUGUGCCAGCGCCAUCAUGGAGGACUCACCCACCAAGUGCGAGUACAUGCUCAAUGCAAUCCCCAAGCGGCUGUGCCUGGUGUGUGGGGACAUUGCAUCUGGGUACCACUACGGCGUGGCUUCCUGUGAGGCAUGCAAAGCCUUCUUCAAGAGGACUAUUCAAGGGAAUAUUGAAUACAGCUGCCCGGCUACCAAUGAAUGUGAGAUCACGAAACGGAGGCGCAAAUCCUGUCAGGCCUGUCGCUUCAUGAAAUGCCUCAAAGUGGGGAUGCUAAAAGAAGGUGUUCGUCUGGAUCGAGUCCGUGGAGGCCGACAGAAAUACAAGAGGAGACUGGAUUCUGAGAGCAGCACUUACCUGAGCUUACAGAUCCCUCCCCCAGCUAAAAAGCCACUGACUAAGAUCGUCUCCCACUUGCUGGUGGCUGAGCCAGAGAAGAUUUAUGCCAUGCCUGAUCCAACCAUGCCAGAGAGUGACAUCAAAGCCCUUACAACCCUCUGUGACCUGGCAGACAGGGAACUGGUGGUGAUCAUUGGCUGGGCAAAGCACAUCCCAGGGUUCUCCAACCUCUCCCUCGGGGACCAGAUGAGCCUUCUUCAGAGUGCUUGGAUGGAAAUUCUCAUCCUGGGCAUUGUGUACCGCUCCCUGCCAUAUGAGGACAAGCUGGUCUAUGCUGAGGACUACGUAAUGGAUGAAGAGCACUCUCGUCUGACAGGGCUGCUGGAGCUCUACCUGGCCAUUCUUCAACUGGUGCGCCGCUAUAAGAAGCUCAAGGUGGAAAAGGAGGAGUUUGUCACACUCAAAGCUCUGGCCCUUGCCAACUCAGACUCCAUGCACAUAGAGGACAUGGAUGCAGUGCAGAAACUCCAGGACCUUCUCCACGAAGCCCUGCAGGACUACGAGCUGAGUCAGCGCAAUGAGGAGCCCCGGCGAGCAGGCAAGCUGCUCCUGACCUUGCCCCUUCUGCGGCAGACGGCUGCCAAAGCUGUGCAGCACUUCUACAGCAUUAAACUGCAGGGCAAGGUUCCCAUGCAUAAACUCUUCCUAGAAAUGCUAGAGGCAAAGGUCUGACAGCCCCAGCGCCAGCCGACAGUGGCCGGGGAACAAACUAGAAACAAAGAUGCAGACAAUGGAGUAAUCCAAACAGCAGCAGCAGCCAUCGCCGGCUUUUAUCUCCAAUCAUUUAUUAUGGAAGAAUUAUUUAAUGUCUAUCUGUCGGCGUGACUGCAGAAUCUUGUGUACAGAAGGGGGGAAACUUUUAAUCAGUCACCUGUUUCUCUUUUUUUCGUUGUUUUCUCUGUGGGAAAUACCAGAAUAUGCUCUUGCACUUGUUGAGGCAGUCAUCGGGGCUCAGCCCCUCUGAUCAGCGAUGCUCUCAGCGCUGUCCAGGCUGCCUGCUCCCCAGCUCCCUCCGCCAGUGCUGGAGGGGGAGUGGGGACAAAAGCAGGAAGAGAGGAAGAACAGUCAAUAUAAACUUUAUCUGCUGGUGUUAUGAGGGGUCAGUUAGAAAGGGAAGCAGCCGUGGUCCUUCUUUUUAUCACCUUUCUGCCUCUAACCAUAGAGCAGAUGCUCCUUUGGAGAAGAGCACUGCUGGACCUCUCCUGAAAAAAAAGGCUGCCUCCCAGGCUCCUCUAACACUUGUACAUACAGGCCCCACUUCUUACCGGGAAAGAUGCUCCUAACUGUGUAAGAUAUUCUGCGACCUUGUACAGUGUGUCAUUACGCCUGGCUAGUCCAUCCCAUGUACAAUCCCUGCAGGCCCCUGAAGAGGUAGGAUGUAUGUCCCUGAGAAAAUGCAAGUCUUUCCCAAAUGGUGAGAGAAAAGAGCCUGAUGUGCUGGGUUGACUUGAUAAUCUCUGCAUCCUCUCCUAUGUGGUGCUAACUACAAUUCUUCCACACUUUUCACCCUGUAGUGUAUCAAACCUGCCUCUUCAGCUCAGCUGAGUACCAUUCCCCUCUUGUUCCUUGUGGCAGAGAACACAAGGUUUGUCUGCAUGGUUACUGCCCAAGUAUCAAUACACCCCAAACCAGAUCUUUCCUAGACUUCACUAAAUGAUAGUUCUUUGCCUCCACAGAGACUUAGGCUUAACGCCAAAUUCUAGUUAGGAAUCAAGGGCACUGCUUUUCAGAGGAGGCAGCUCCAGAGCCUGAGAGAUUACUUUUUUGUGGCAGCCUAGGGAAAUAAAUUAGACGGUGGCAUAAGACUCCCGAUACUCCAACUACUGUCUUCCCCUGCCUCAUCCCAUUAUCCUCAACAGCAGGAAAAGAGCAAACAUAUAUUAUACCUGGGGCUGUAAGACGUUCUCUUCCUGAUCAGAAAGCAAAUACCUGACCUUGGGUUGGUAGAAGAAGAACUGGAGGAAUGUUUAUUUACUCCUCUUACAUACCCAGGUUUCUGCUGUCUCCAAGGCCUGGUUUAUCAGCUUUGCUGCCUAAGCCAUACCUGCUGCAUUCUCAGUAGCCAGAGAGAAAUGUAGGUGACUGACAAAACUGACUGCUGGCAUUCUUUGAGACUUUAUUUUCUAGGUCACUUAGUUUUAAGCCAGCCUGAGCUGACACAACCUGAGUGUCCUGUCUCUUUUGUGGUCAGCAGCAAGGCAGUAGAGGUGAGGAAAAGCCUCUGAUCUACAUUUGAGACACCACUGACUCUAUUACCUCUGUUCUCCUCAAGCUUCCAUCCCUUCCUGGCUUCCCUAGGAAGGAACUUGGCCUCAGCAGGAAGUCUUCCAAACCAGGGUUGCAGUGUGUGAUCAGAGAGACACUGGUGCUUGUUUUCUACUGGAGCAGAAUGUGUCACAGCAGGGCUGUCAGUGCUGCAGAACCCUGCCUGGCAGACUGAGCUAUGGGUGCUGACUGAUGGUGACCUCUCAGCUCUUGUAGCCAGCCCUCGCCUUGUACUUGAGUUAGUUCAGUUCAUCUCCUUUGAGUUCUUCCUACGCUACACAGUCGUAGCUACUCUCACUGAUUUUGUACUUGCUUGAUAAAGGAAUUCAGUCUUACUUCAUGCAUAUUAGUAAACCAACAGAGACCUAAAGGGCAGAAGGCACGUGGGAACUGGAACUCCAACAGCAGUAGCAAUUACACAGUGGUCUUGUGCUUUGAGCAGAUAGUCGUGCUUCUCUCCCCAGCUCCCUCCCAGAGGCAGCUGGGGGAGAAAAUGAGAGGCUUUUGGUUGCACUCAUGGUCCCUGUACCCAUCUGUGACCGAGGGACCAAAGUGAAAUGCAUGCCACUACUAUAGAGCCAGCUCGCCAUGUACUGCACUCUGGUAACUCUUCCUGGCUGUGGCCACUCCUGGAGUGCUUUUGCAGGUGUUUUAUGUUGCUUUAUUGCCUGUAAGUUUGACUCACUAGACCACUGUUGCAAUCUUGCCAAGUAUGACCCAGCUCAGCCACAGCACAUUCUGUCCCAACUUGCUGCACAAAGGUAGCUGUCCCCAAAUGGGCUGAAAAGAUCCUAAGAAGCAAUUCUUACUCUGUCAGGCCCUGCUGGAAAGGUCACUUACGUAAAAAAAAACAAAACAACACACCAACCAAAAAGACCCCACCAAAAACACCCACCCCAAAAAAAACCAAAAAGCUCUUCUAUCUUUGUUGUAUUUGGACUAAGGCUGCUUUCCAGAACAGAGAGCCAGAACUAUUUACGAAACACAAUUAUGGAAAGCUGCCGAAUUAACUUCUAGCUCACAGAAACUGCUGGCUAUUUAGAGUAGGGCUAUGGUAUGGAGGAAACUCCUGCCUUGACAGAGCAAUAUAAAGAUACCAAAUGCAUUUUUUCCCAGGAACUUCUUUCUCCAUUAAAGCUGCAUAACCUUGGAGCCCAUCUGAAUAUCCUCCAUUGCUUGAAGAUAAUAUGCAGGGAAAUGUUUCAAUUGCUUGUGAAAUAGGAUGGGAACUGAACCAGACAGUACUUAGCGUAUAUUAAUCUCUUUAAACAAGGAAUGCAGACUCUCCCCAGGAACUGGGACAGAAACACCUGUCUAGAUUUAACCCUUAAAAGGCUUGUACCAUCCUAAAUUGGGAACCAGGUCAGGUCUCUUGGGCCCUUCAGGCAAGUGCAGGAAUCACAUACACCUGUUCCCAGUUACUCUGAUCUGCUGUGCAUCACUGGUAUUAUCACACGGCCGCUGAGGAGCAUUUCCAGAAUGGUAACAUCUUAGUGUAGUCCUCUCAGUGCACUUUGAAGGAGGAAAUGAAUCUUCAGCAACUGUUUAGGUCUUUGAAUGCUCACAGUCUCUUAUGAAAAGGUCUGGAGAUGUGGAAGGUGAGACAUGAACUAGGAAAUGGGGUUUGGGUCAAUGCUCUUAUGCUGCUCACUUGUAAUAUAGGAGUCACAGAGUCAGAUCCAUACACCUGUCCUUCUUCACGGAUCAAAAAAUGAUAGAGCUUGAGCCGUUGGGACACAAACGGGCUCUAUGACUUAAAGAAAAGCAAAGCAGUAGAGGUAAGUAUAUCAGUGACAGUUAAUAAUAUGAAGCGCACACCAGCAACUACAGUAAAAGCAGCUCCAGCCCCUGAUUUGCAUAUGUGGAUAACAGAAACCACGUACCUGUCAGCUACUACAAAAGGCAGUUCUUCCCAAGUGACCAGCUCUUCUGUUUCAGGCACAUUCUUCUCUGGGAACACCAGUGUCUGGCCUGUAAUGCAAAACAAAUUUCAUGGGGAUCAAUUAAAAUAAAAGGUAAAUUACCACACGGAAUUUUGGUUUCUGAGGAAACUUGGGCAUUACACCUCGCAGCAAAACUGUGAAGCUACAAGAAAUGCCCCCAUAACAAUCAGGACCUUGCAGUAUUGCUCAUGCUAAGGGGGCAUUGUUUUUCUCUUCAUAAGCUCUGUCAUCUUUUUUUUUAAACUAUUAUAAGUAUAUAAAAUAAAACAUGCUGCACCAGAAACAUGUAAGCAGCUAUUAGAGGGGAAAGUCAUUGAGAAAGACCCUAGAAUGUAACUUGUUGAGCUUAUAUUACCAAUCAGAGCUAAGAAAAAAGAGCUUCCACUUUGUAUCCACAAGCUAUAGUCAAUCAUAUGGCCAAAGGUCACUCUGUUGUUCUUGCGGCUGGGUUAUGUGGAGAAGUCAGAGAGAGACAGAGGCUGUGAGAAUGAUGCAGGGAGUCAUAGAUGGUGAAAUAAACAGUAUCUACUUAACUAUUAUCUGCUCCUAAAAAAAUAAAAUAAAUAAAAUAAAAUAAAAU